AUGAAUGACUUGCGAAGAGUCAGUUGCAGAAUCCGCCUGAGUCACCUCCGACUUCGACGAUUUUCUGGCAUAACCGAGCAACGCCUGCACCACCAGCAGCAGCAGAGGACGACGACGCGAUUUAAUACAUUUUGUGGCUGCACGCGCGCAACAACCAACAUUCCAACCCGCACAUCUAGAAACUUCUCGACGACGCUCGCAAGGAUGGCGCAGGAGAAAUGGACCGCCCCGCUGGUCAGAAAGACAUUCUUAGAGUUCUUUGAGGGGAAGGGACACACGAUUGUGCCUUCGUCGUCAGUCGUACCCCACAAUGAUCCUACUCUCCUCUUCACCAAUGCUGGCAUGAACCAGUUCAAGCCUAUUUUCCUGGGGACAAUAGGCCAGACCGAUGAUAUGGCUCAGUUGAAGAGAGCUGUAGACUCGCAGAAGUGUAUUCGUGCAGGUGGAAAGCAUAACGACUUGGAUGAUGUCGGGAAAGACAGUUACCAUCAUACUUUCUUCGAAAUGCUGGGCAACUGGUCGUUUGGCGAUUACUUCAAGCAAGGUGCCAUUGAGAUGUCAUGGGAGCUUCUUACGAAAGUCUACGGCCUAGAUCCAGACCGUCUGUAUGUCACAUACUUCGAGGGCGACGCCUCUGCCGGAUUGGAGCCAGAUCUGGAGGCCAAGAAGCUGUGGAAGAAGGUCGGUGUUGCAGAUGAUCACAUAUUGCCUGGCAACAUGAAAGACAACUUCUGGGAGAUGGGUGACCAAGGGCCUUGUGGACCUUGCAGUGAAGUCCACUAUGACAGGAUAGGUGGUGGGCGAAAUGCUGCCAGUCUAGUCAAUAUGGAUGACCCGAAUGUUCUCGAGAUCUGGAACAACGUCUUCAUUCAGUAUGAUAGGCAGAAGGAUAGGUCUCUCAAGACGCUUCCGGCAAAGCACGUCGAUACUGGUAUGGGCUUUGAGAGAUUAGUGUCAGUGUUGCAAGACAAAGCUUCAAAUUACGACACGGAUGUCUUUCACCCACUGUUUAUCAAGAUCCAGGAAGUUACAGGAGCUAGGGAAUAUACUGACAAGUACGGCAAGGACGAUGUUGAUGGUAUUGAUACCGCAUAUCGUGUUAUUGCCGAUCACAUCCGCUUACUGACCUUCGCCAUAUCCGAUGGAGGUGUACCAAACAAUAUAGGCAGAGGUUACGUCGUUCGACGAGUUUUGCGUCGUGGUUCUCGAUACGCCCGAAAGUAUUUCAAUGCUGAGAUCGGUAGCUUCUUCUCCAAGAUUCUGCCUGCUCUUGUGCAGCAAAUGGGUGAGCAAUUCCCUGACAUUGUCGAGAAGCAAGUCGAUGUCAAGGAGAUUCUGGACGAGGAAGAAGAGGCAUUUGCGAGGACACUCGAUCGUGGUGAGAAGCAGUUCGAGAAGUACGCUGCUCUUGCGGUCAAGAAUGGUGCCAAGAAGCUCUCUGGUGCAGAUGUUUGGCGGUUAUACGAUACUUUUGGAUUUCCUGAGGACUUGACCAAGAUCAUGGCCGAGGAGAGAGGCUUGGAAACCGACGAUGCUGAGAUUGAGGUCGCAAAGGAGACUGCACGUUUGGCCAGUAUGUCUGUUAAGGAGGCGUCUCACACAUUCGCCAAGUUUGACGUACAUCAAAUCGCGGAAUUGGAUAAGAUGGGUGUGCCAAGACCGAACGAUGAUGCCAAAUUCUCAAAGGGAGACACUACCGCCAAGGUUUCGCUCGUCUAUGAUGGAAAGAGCUUCCUGAAGACAACUGAGGGUCUUCCGUCCGACAAGCCCUUCGGCAUCCUGCUAGACAAGACAAACUUCUAUGCUGAGCAAGGAGGUCAAGUCGCCGAUACAGGCAAGAUCAUCAUUGAUGGUGUUGCUGAGUUCAAGGUGCUUGAUGUCCAGGCUUACGGAGGAUAUAUUGUCCACAAUGGCUACCUGGAGUAUGGUCAGUUGAAGGCUGGAGAUGAGAUCAUUUGCGAAUAUGAUGAACUACGCAGACAGCCCAUCCGCAACAACCACACUGGGACACAUAUUCUCAACCAUGCUCUCCGAGAACACCUGGGUGAAGACAUCAACCAGAAGGGAUCUCUUGUUGACCAGGACAAGCUGAGAUUCGAUUUCUCCCACAAGGCUCAAGUUACCUUACCGGAGAUCAAGAAGAUUGAGGAUUCAUCAAACGCAUACAUCAAGCAGAAUUGCGAGAUCUACUCCAAGGAGGUGGACCUAGAUGUUGCAAAGGGUAUCGAAGGUGUUCGUGCCGUUUUCGGAGAGACAUAUCCAAACCCAGUCCGUGUCGUUUCCGUUGGCGUUUCUGUUGAUGAACUUCUAGAGAACCCUACGAAUCCAAAGUGGAGAGAAGUAAGUGUCGAAUUCUGUGGUGGAACUCAUGUCGAGAAGACCGGUCUCAUUAAGGAUCUUGUUAUUGUGGAAGAGAGUGGUAUCGCCAAGGGUAUUCGACGUAUCAUUGCUUACACUGGAGACGCUGCCCAUGAAGUUCAACGACUGGCCAUCCAAUUCGGCAAGCGAAUCGAGACUCUUGAACAAAUGCCACAUGGUUCGGAGAAAGAAGCCGAGGUUAAGUCUGUUCAAAAUGACCUGAAUCAGCUCACAAUCUCAUCCCUGACGAAGGAGGAGCUCAAGACACGUUUCGCCAAGGUGCAGAAGGGUCUCUUGGACGAGCAGAAGAAAAAGCAGAAGGCCGAGUCGAAGACUGCUCUUGAUACUGUUACUGCCUAUUUCGCUGAGAACAAGGAGAGCAAGGUCUACAUUGGCCAGUUACCCAUCUCUGCUAACUCAAAGGCUAUCUCGGAUGUCAUGAACCACUUCAAGUCCAAGGCUAAGGAUAAGUCUGUCUACCUCUUCGCUGGUACUGAGACAGAGAUCGUUCAUGGUGUCUACGUAGGCACUGAUCAUACCUCAAACGGUGUCACCGCCGAGCACUGGGCUGCCUCAGUCUCCGAAGUUAUUGGCGGCCGCUCAGGAGGCAAGGAGCCAACGAGAACUGGCCAGGGUACCAAUCCAGAUAAGAUCAAAGAGGGUGUCGCUGCUGCGGAGAAGUGGCUUGCUGAGAAGCUCAAGUGA